AUGGCAAUACACGAAUUUCCAGAUCCUCCUAACAUAAAAAAAUUUUCUAAUGCAACUGAAAGAAUAUUCGAUUUAUUUAGAAAUGUUUGUGGUGCGACUUUGGAUUUUAAGAAUGAAUAUUUUGAAAACAAAAUCGAGUCAGUUAAAAAAUGUAGAAGGGAAUUCCAUUCAAUUGCUGAUGACACAAUUGAUCAAACUGGCAAAUUGGUUAAAUUUGGUGGAGAUAUAAUGAUCCUUGUUGAAUUUUAUAAUGAUGAGGAUAUUUCUAAGAAAGAUAUCUUAGAUUAUUUGAAUAAACUUUCAAAUGAUGCUAUAACUAAUAAAACUGCAAUAGAAAAAAUCAGUUCCAAAAUUAAAACUCUCAAGGAUGAGAUGUUAGAGAUUCGUGAUGAAUUACAAAAAUUUGAUUUUGAAAAUAUGAAAAAUAUUGAUCCUAUAACAUACAAUAAAUUUAAAAAUGCUGAAUUUAAAAAAAAUUUUUUAAUUGCAUUGUCAAUGACCGCUUUGUUUCUAAGUGCAAUGAUUACCAUUCCCGUUGCAGGAGCAGUACUAAUGGGAACUAAUGCAGUAGAAAUGUCAACAUUAGCAGUAGCAGCAACAACGGCAACAACAUUAAGUACGGUAGGGAUGGGAGGUUCAUAUUCAGCUUAUAAAAAAAAAGAAAAUGCUGCCGAAUUACAGGAAACUUUAAAUAUAAGACAGAAACAAAUGAUCAAUAAAUCAAAAAAUAUACAAAAUGAUAUUUUAUCUGCAAUUCCAAUUUUAAAAGAACUUGAAGAUUUCUGGAUGGCUCAGUUUGUUGAAUUAGAAAGGCUUAUUGAGUAUUUCGAAAGCUCUAGUGUGAAGAGAUUUCCUCUUAAUAAAUUAAUUAUUAAGCGUUUGGAAAAACGAUGGAAGGAAACAAUUGAAGAAUGUAAACAUUACUCUGACACUACAAGAAAUAAAUUAGAGGAUGAUAGGAAUGAUAUGAAUAAUUAA